CGUAACAAUAAUUAUCUUUUGUUCUUUUACAAAUUUUUCCUGCUGAUAUUGACAAGUUGUAAACCUCCCUCCAACGUGACAGCAUACUUAGAAUGUGUUAGGUUACUCACGUGUUCCCUCGCGAAAUGCAGAUAAUUAAAAUUAGGGGAGCUCUUCACAACAAUACUAGCUAGGCCUCCUUAGAAGUAAAGAAUUUACUUGCACUUUGCUAUGGCUUUUUCAAUGCUGAUUUUUUUACACAUAAACGAAAACGGCGAGAACUUUCUGAGAUCCGCCGAGAAAACCGGUCAGUGCACCAAAAGUCACGUUUUUCGCACGACUUCCCAUAAGCCCAGCGGCCCGUCUAAACCAACGUGUUCAUGUGUUUGAAUCGUGGAUGCAUUCAGGUGCAUCGUGCAUAAAAGUACAUGAAGCAAUUCAAAUAGGUCUCACUGAAAAUGUUGAAUGUGACCGGAAAUAGUCUCCUUCCACAGGAACAUGAACUGGAGAGACGGCGAAGAGCAAGGCUCGCAGAGAGCUGGAAGAUCUGAGCCGAACGAAACAAGACGCUCCAAUCGAAAUUUGAGCGAGAAACGGAGAAGAGACCGCUUCAAUAUACUCGUGCAGGAGCUAGCGGGGAUUGUUUCACCUGAAGAAGGUCGGAAAUUGGAGAAAACAGCUGUGCUAGAACUUGCUAUAAGCUAUUUACGAAAUCAUCAGUCACAACAACUGAAGUCUGUCCCAAGAGCCGGUAGAACCGGCGGUGCGUUGAACUGGCAGCCUUCGUUCACGACAGAUCCUGAAUUUAACUUGAUUUUAACAGAUGCACUAGAUUCAUUUACAAUUGUGAUUGAAAAUGACGGCACCAUAUUAUAUGCCUCACACAGUGUUUUGUCAAUCUUGGGCUAUCUUUGCAAUGAACUAGUUGGCACGAGCUUGUUCAGCCACCUGAGUGAAGACGAAGCUUUGAGAGUCUGGUCACAGUUGGCCGUUAUUGUCCCAAAAAGCGAUAAAACCGGUGUUUCCUCCAACAGUAGCACUUUCCCAUUUCGCAUGAAGUGUGGACGUUUUUUUUCACGAAAUUCCUACCAAAUGAUCCGCUGUAAUGCUGCCGUUGUUCGGCCAUCAAUUGGCGAGAAAACCCUGAACUGCUUUGUUCUGGUGGGAAAUGUCACGCACCCGCAACCGAAUAGGUUAAUAACGAGCUCAGACAGUACUGACAAAGAAUUUUCUUAUCGCCUAACCAUGGAUUGGAAAUAUAUUUACAUCGAUCAUAGAGCGCCUUCUAUUAUUGGAUUUCUGCCUUUUGAGAUUUUGGGCACUUCAGUUUACGAGUACUGUGGCCCCGAAGACGUCUUUAAUAUUUCUCGGUACCACAACUUUUUAAUUUGUGUUGGUAAGGUAACCACUUGUUACUAUCGACAUCUCACGAAAGGACAGUCCUGGGUUUGGUUACGAAGUUCUGCUUACGUUUCCUACAAUCAGUGGAACUCCAAGCCAGAAUCAAUUACUUGUACGGCUAAAGUUGUAAGUUUUGAUGAAGUUUGUUUAAACCAAACUGAAACGAUCCAACGCGACAGAGAACACUUUACUAAAGUUCUUUCCAAGAGAGGAACUGACUCUGUAUCCCUUUCUAGCUGGGCAUUAACCCCCACUGACCCGUUUGAGGAAGCCCCUGACUUACAAGGUGGACCCACGGGUGUAAGCCAGAGAGAUGACGAAAAAGGCGUUUUUAACCCGAGACUCUUUACUCUGCUUCUGCGAACCCCAGGAGAUCAGUUACUAGAUGCUCUGGAAGAUAACAAAAUUACGAGCGGUGAUGAUGUUGAAAUGGAAUCAAAUGACACACAAAAUGAACACCUUCUGUGGCUGGAAAAUAUAACCAUCCCAGCUGGACUGAGCAGUGCACAAAUUGAAACACAUUUGAAACUCCAGGAGGAGUAUAAGAAAAUUGCUGAACAAAUUAGUAAACAAGAAAGACAAUUAAAAAUAAUUAAGAAGCUAAUUGAGUGGAGCAGAUUACUCUUAGAUUUAGAUAGGAAUUUUGGAGUUUUUGGAGGAGAAUCUUCAGUUGACUCAGAAGCCUCAUCGUCAGUUACCUCAAGAUAAUAAGGGCUGUCUCACAGGUAAUUUUUUCUUGUGACUGUCUUGGUUCAAUUCCUAUUUAACCAACUGCUUCCCUUCCCUCUGCAAAUGUGCAUUUCCCGAGGGGAUGUCUAAUUUUCUUCUUAACAUCUUAUCCCCACUUACCCUCCAAAGCUCAUGAAGAGAUAAUUUAUCAGUCUGGGAAAACUUGGCGUUAGGGGCCAUUCAAAUAUUUACUUAUUCCGUGCUUAACAUGAACUGGACAUUGAGGUCAGACGCCCCACAAUCAAAUUCCCUGGUUUGUUGUAUUUCAAUCUUGGCAUAGUAAACUAAUUUAUUAAAAUGGAUCAAUUCAUGUUUGGUCAAAAAUGCCCUGUACUACCGGUAACUUCAAAUCUUGACUUGCCUUACCCCGUCCCCUCUGAAUGUUUAGCAGGAAAUACGUUAAUAAUAUGUCCCCUGCCCUUAUCAUGUUUUAUAUUUGUAUAUUUAGUAAAUCUUCCACUUUCUCUGCUGUGAGAUAACAAUCAGUUGAAAGCAUAUUAAAUUGUCUUUGAAUAUAAUUGAAUCAAAUUUCCUAUUUAUUAGCUCAACUAAUAAAUAUUGUUCAAUUGUUAGCUUUUAAUAAGUGUCCCCAAAUAGCUCUUAGCUUAGAGCUAAAUACUUCUUAACACUUAAUUUAAGUUUAUGUACGUAUGUAUGUAACUUAUUCAUUUACCAAAUAUUAUUUUCAAUAUUAUUUAAGAAAUAGAAAA